AUGGCUCAAUUAAUCGGCCCAACCGCUGAGGCGGCCAAAUGCCAAGUGCUAAGGUGUAAAUCGCUGCGUCUAACAAUAGUGCCGACGUUUAGAUUUGGCACACGCGCGGCGACCAUGUCGGCGGAACGUGCGAAUCCAAGUGCGGAUGGUGAUGGCGGACGCGGGCGAGGGCGAGGGCGACUGAUGUGCGAGUUCUGCGGCUAUCGGACGGGGAUCCAUUGGAAUCUGCAGGUGCAUCGGCGGCGCCACACCGGCGAGAAGCCCUUCAGCUGCCACACCUGCCAGGCGAGCUUCCCGGCCAGCUAUCAGUUGAAGAGCCAUCUGGAGCGGCACUUGGAGGCCGCCCAACGCCGCCAGCGGCACAUGUGCACCGAUUGCAAUGUGGGAUUCUCCAGCUCGCGGGCUCUCUACCACCACAGGCCGCUCCAUGAGCAGGCGAAGCGCUUCAAGUGCUCGCAGUGCGACAAGUCCUUCGCCCAGGCGGCGGGCUAUGCCCAGCACAAGCGGAUGCACCGCCAAAGGAACCAGCGGGUCACUCGGGAGCUCAAGGAUACGCAGAUUAUUCAGGAUCAGCAUCAGAAUUGA